AUGGAGAAUGCAAAGGAAAGAAUAGAACUUGCGCGGGCGCACAUAGUGCGGAGCUCUGUAAUACUAUGGAGUUGGUCCUCUGCAUUAAACUAGGCUCCAGGGUCAAAAGCGGCGUUUUAGAGCAGCACUAAAUCCCUGCAAGACGCCGUUGCAGGAUGAAUGAGAGGGAAUAGCUGCUUGACGAGCCCGAGAGCGAGCAUGGUGACCUGGAAUGCACAAGACACGGCAACCACAAUCACGGAAGUGAAGAUGGCGCUAUGCGAAAGAGGCCUCGCAUCGGCCACCAGAUCCAUGGCUGCCACUAGCCCCCGUCACCACCGCCUGUCAGGCGACAUCUGCGUAUCUAAUAAUAAGCCAGGGUCAAAAAGUCCAAGUGCCAGGGUCACAGUGCUGCUGCUGCUGCGACUCGCAUCGCAUGCAUACUACUUCGUCGCAGUAGUAUUAAUAUUAGCAGUGCCGCCGGUCUCGAAAAGACGCUGCCGAGCAAAAAGAAUAUCAAAGGUCCUGUUGCGAUUGAAGGGAUCGAGCAUAUAACACUACUGCUGGUGGUAAAACACACCCCGUCGGCGUUGUGGCCAGGGUUAUUGUGCCAGUGUGACUCCAAACUCCGCUUGUGGCUCGCCCACCCAAAACCACUGCGACGUUUCCACACCCGCGCUGCUUCUUUCGAACUCUCUCCGGCAAUGAAC